AUGACACGAAUCGAGAAAUUCUAUUACAUCUUGUGUGGAAUAUUUACUGCUCAAUUUUGCUUGAUGCCAUUAGUGUUUCAGCUUUAUGCUAGAUAUACGAGAGUUGAUAUGGAUUGGGGACAUAUUUACUCAUUAAAUAUGCCAUUUGAUCAAACCCAGCCAGUUGUGUAUGAAAUGAUUUAUAUUGCUGAAUUCUGGAUAACAAUUUAUUCAGUGUCCUUUGCUAUAUGCACUGAUUUACUGUUUGCAUGUUUAAUGCAAAUUUUAGUUAUGGAAUUUAAAAUUUUGGGACAAAUAAUGAGUGAAAUUGACGAAGCUGUAGCUGAAAAGGAAGAAGAAGCUAUGAAGGAAUUAAAAAAGCUUAUUGGCAUCCAUCAACAAUUAAUUGAAGUCUCGGAAAAGCUUGAAAAAACAUUUUCACCAUUGCUUCUCAUAAAUGCUUUUGGCUCAAUCGUGUCCUUAUGCACUGCAUGCUUUUUAUCUGUAUCAGGAAUAGGAAACUACUUCAUCGCAAAAUAUUUCAUAUUUCCAUUUGCUAUCUCAGUACAGAUUUUUACUCAGUGUUAUUUCUCACAGGAAUUGAUAGACUCAUCAGCAUCGAUUUCCACAUCAGCUUACAGCACUGAAUGGUACUUACAUAACAUGAAGUUUAAACAACUCGUCCUUCAAGUCAUAGCUCGUGCUCAAAAGGCCCAAACAGUUACUGCAUAUAAAUUCUUUGAUAUGUCUUUGGAAACAUUUAAUUGGCUUUCAAUGAAUCAACAAAGCUCUCAUUGCAUCUUGUUUCGUGAUUUUCUCCGAUGUGAGACGACAUCAAAGUUGAUCGGAUUUUCAUUUUUUACGAAACAUGACAUUUGGUCAAAUAAAUGGAAGAAGUUAAACUGGUUUAUGUAUCCGAUUGUCCUAAUAGUGCUCUUGAUUUUAGAAGUUAUCUCAUUUAUCAUAUCAGUAAAGAAUAAUUUGAUGGUUCAAAUGAUUGAUAAUAUAUUCUGUAUUGGACUUCUUUUCAUCAUAUUGUUCAAAAUCUACUUUUUAUUUUAUCGCAAUCGAGCAAACAUAUUUGAAGUUAUAGAGGAGUUAGAUAAGCAUUUUCCUCAUUCUGGUGUUGACCAACUUACCUUUAAGGCUCAAAAAUAUUUCAUGGAUCUCAAGAUUGUCGAAACUGUUUAUUAUGUCACGUUUACAAUAAUAACCAUUCAGUUUUGCUCGAUGCCAUUCCUUCAUCAGAUUUAUGCAAGAAUACAAUCAAUCGAUAUAGAAUGGGAACUGAUUUUGCCCGUAUAUCUCCCAUUUGAUGAACUGCAGCCGAUCGUAUAUUAUAUUAUAUUAAUUAUUGAUAUCUGGCUUAUUAUUUCUUCGUUGGUUUGGAUUGCUUGUACAGAUCUUUUAUUCGCAAGCUUAAUGCAAGUUCUAAUAAUGGAGUUUGAUAUCCUCGGUCAAUUAAUCAGUGAUAUUGAUAUGACUUAUGAGAUAGAUGCUAUUAAGGAACUCAAGAAGAUUGUUGACAUUCAUCAAGAACUGAUUAUAAUUUCUGAAAAGUUGGAAGAAAUAUUUGCACCACUAGAGUUUAUCAAUGCUUUUGGAUCAAUCACUGCAUUAUGUACUGCUGCUUUUCUCGCAGCUUCAAAAAUUAGUGGAUAUUUCGUCGUGAAAUAUUGGACGUUUCCAUUAGGCGUACCCAUGCAAAUUUUUAAUCAGUGCUAUUUCACUCAACUGUUGAUAGACUCUUCGAAAUCGAUUUCUGAAUCAGUUUACGGUAUCGAUUGGUCCUCAAAAAGUGUACAUUUACAAAGAUUUCUGAUUCAAAUUAUGAUCCGUUCUCAAAAACAUCAAACAAUAACAGCAUGUAUGUUUUUCGAAAUGUCUCUAGAAAAUUUUGCAUUGUCACUUAACAUUAUGAUUGAAAACAUCAUGUUUGGUGGAUUAUUUGUACUGUCGUUGGUCCAAAUGUAUGUUGUCUUCUAUCGGAAUCAGUUCAAAAUCAUUGAGAUUGUAGAAAAGCUGGAAAAGCACUUUCCAAAUUCUGGAUUUGAUCAACUUACUUUUGAUGUUCAAAAAUAUUUGAAAACUACUAAAUGGCAUGAAAAAGGAUAUUAUUUCAUAACUACUUUAGUAAUCCUCCAUUUUACAAUGAUGCCGUUUAUUCAUCAGAUUUAUGGGAUUGUUACAUCAACCAGUGUUGAAUUGGAGUUGAUUCUUUCUUUAUAUUUGCCAUUUGAUUAUUUGCAACCUUUGUUAUACGGAUUUAUAUACUUUAUACAAUUAUGGAUCAUCGUUUUUGUGACAUUCUAUUACAUCUGCACUGAUAUGAUCUUUGCAAAUUUAACACAAAUUUUAUGUUUGGAAUUAGACAUUCUUGGACAAAAUAUGGACGAAAUUGAUCCUGCUGAUGACGAAGAAGUAGCUAUGAAAGAACUGAAGAAACUUGUCUACAUCCAUCAACAACUUAUUGAAGCGUCGGAAAAUUUAAAUGAAGUUUUUUCUCCGUUGCAGCUCAUCAAUGCUUUUGGAUCAAUUGCAGCUCUAUGUACUGCAAUUUUUUUAGUCAUGUCUGGAAUCAGCAACUACUUCAUCGCUAAAUAUUUCUUGUUGCCAAUAGUAAUAAGUGUACAAAUAUUGACCCAAUGCUAUUUUUCUCAGCGUCUAAUCGAUUCAUCAACAUCAAUAUCUGCAUCUGCUUACAAUAUCAAAUGGUAUUCGGGAAGUAUAAAAUUUCAACGUUUAGUGCUUCAAAUUAUGAUUGUCAAUACAUCAUAUUCUUAUUUCUCAGUGUUACAAGGAACAUAUGGAUCGUAA